UCAGAGCACCAAAAAGCUGUGCUAACUCCCUGGUUCCAAGAGCAUCUUGAAACCUGAGAGAGAAUGGAACUUCGCAGCUCAAAUAUCGUUAGUUUCAAGACGAGGGAGCUUCAAUCACUCCUAGUCUUGGUUCUCUCUCUAGCCAUCGCCUUCACGGCUUCGGCGUCGUCUCAAGGCAUCGAUUUCAGCUUCCAGACUUUCGACAAUGAUAGCAUUCGAUUCCAAGGCGACGCGUCUAUUUCGGGUAACCUCAUCCAACUUACAAGGGUCUACGGGAACGUGGUCUCCGGGAACGUGAGCGGGGGGUGGGCCAUGUAUCAUGAGCCGAUGCGCCUUUGGGACAAGGCCACCGGGAACGUGGCGGAUUUCACCACCAACUUCACCUUCAUCAUCGAUUCGCAGGAAAACUCCAUUUUCGGCGAUGGAUUCACCUUCUUUCUUGUUCCCGAAGGGUCUCAAAUCCAGAUCAACUCAUUGGGACGCUACCUCGGUCUUAUAAAUCCGAACAGCAACCCUUCCAUCUCUUCUACUCCCUUUGUAGCCGUCGAGUUCGACACUUAUAGGAACAACUAUAGUGGUGUUGUGGACCCGAAUUGUUUACAAGUUGCACAUGUUGGUAUAGACUUGAAUAAUCUCACUUCCGCGGUCUCUAGCUGCGUUGAUUGGUUCAAGGAUAAAAUCAUGAGCGGUGGACGGAUCAAUGCUACGAUUACGUACAAUUCUAGCACGCAGAACUUGAGCGUUGUCAUGAUUGAUGCAGAUGCCACGGGCACUGACAUAACAGCCUCCGCUAUCUACGAUAUAGUCAACAUGUCCAAGUAUUUGCCGGAGUGGGUGAAUUUCGGCUUCUCCGCUGCAACGGGUACGGAUUUCGAGCUGCACACUCUUGAGGCAUGGGAAUUCCGCUCUAACGUGCAAGUGGCUGGAAAAAAGAGCAAGUUAUGGUUAUGGGCUACCUUAGGCUCAGGUUCUUUCAUUUGGCUGGUUCUUGUUCUAGCCUUUGUUUGGUUUCGUCACUGUUUGAAGAGAAAAGGAACUUACAUGAGCGGAGAAGAAGAUGCUCUGGCAAUCGAUGAAGAAUUCGAGCAAGUGCCAGGGCCCAAGAAAUUCUCCUACAAGGAAGUGGUAGUGGCGACCAACAAUUUUGCAAUUGAACGGUUAGUUGGGGAAGGAGGCUUUGGGAGAGUGUACGAAGGAUACUUGACCACUGUGAAUGCCAAAGUUGCAAUCAAGAAGAUUAAUCCGGGGUCAAGACAAGGAAUAAAGGAGUAUGCCACCGAAGUGAAGACCAUAAGCCGGCUCCGGCAUAGAAACUUAGUCCAACUUAUCGGGUGGUGUCAUGAGAAAAAGGAACUCCUCCUUAUCUAUGAGUUCAUGUCUAAUGGUAGCCUAGAUACUCAUCUAUUCAAAGAAAGAACCUUCUUGCCAUGGGAGAAACGAUACAAAAUCGCGCAAGGAAUAGCCUCAGCAUUACUUUACCUCCAUGAAGAAUGGGAACAGUGUGUGUUGCAUCGUGAUGUAAAGUCCAGCAAUAUCAUGCUUGAUUCCGAUUUUAGUGCUAAAUUAGGGGACUUCGGUUUGGCUAGACUAGUUGACCAUGCCAAAGGGUUACAAACUACAAUAGUGGCCGGAACCAUGGGCUAUCUUGCUCCUGAAUGUGUUUACACGGGUAAGGCAAGUAAGGAAUCAGAUGUCUACAGCUUCGGAAUUGUUCUAUUAGAAAUAGCUUGUGGAAGAAAAGUCGUUGAGCCAAGGGCCAAGGAAGGCCAAAUCCGAUUGGUGAAUUGGGUUUGGGAGCAAUAUGGGAUCGGGAGGGUGCUUGAUGCAGCAGAGUCCAAACUUGGUAUUAACUCUGAUGAGAAGCAACUAGAGUGCUUGAUGGUUGUAGGGCUGUGGUGCUCUCAUCCAGACCACAUCGCCCGCCCUUCCAUAAGAGAAGCAUUAAAUGUUCUAAACUUUAAUGCUCCGCUACCCAAUCUCCCAUCAAAAUUGCCGGUUCCUACAUACCUAGCACCUUUAUCCUCAUUCACCAUGGCAUCGAUUGUUUCAUCUCACACCACCUCGACCAGCGGCACCGAAGUGUCCACAUUUACUACCUCUUCCAUACAAUCUCCCCGUUCUGCUUCCACUACAUUGCUCCCAAGUACAAUAUAAAUUACUACUUUCGGUAUAUUUUUGAAUAAUCAGUUUGAAUUGUAAAUUGUACUUCGAAAUUUGAUGUUGGAUACUAUCUGCUUUCAUAUAAAUUUCAUCAUGUGUGUA